AUCCCCUCGGCGUGUCGAGAAAACCCUGCGCUGCACACCUCGUCCCUACCUUUGACAAGACGAGCGGCGCCUGUUUUAGCCUGACUCUGGCGCGGCCUGCCUGCCUGUCAUUGCGCUUAGGCACUGUGACUGGAGCCUGAGCGCCGGGCUCAUAGUCCAAUACGUAGUCCAUAUGCCUUGUUGCACACACCAGACGUAUAUAGACUGUAGGGUGUCCCCUAGACUGUGAAGCCUUCACCAUGGGUCUCCUCCCACUCACGUAUACACGUCCCAAGCACGUCCCGCAGGAAUCCUUCAGCAUGGUCAGCAUCGUCACGACCGACGAUGGCGGCAGCGACAAGGAGACCUUGCCUCGCAGUGAUGGCUCCGUCCGCUCCGGCCAGUCGGGCCAGUCAGGCAUCCCCGACUCCCUCACCUUUGACCGUAUCAUAAAUGGCGGCACUUGUCCGCCCAUGACGCUUCGUGACUUUAUGAACUACCUCGUGUACAUUGAGCACUCGGCCGAGAACCUCCAGUUCUUCCUCUGGUACAAGGACUACUGCCGUCGCUUCGAGGCCAUCCCCGCGAGCGAGAAGGCGCUCGCCCCCGAGUGGACGCUCGCCAUGCACGAGGACACGGUCGCCAAGAUCCGCAAGGUCACGGUCGACAAGCGUCGCCCCGAGGUCGAGGUCGCACAGCAGAUCUUCAAGGGCACCGAUUUUGACAAGCAGGCGGGCGAGGCCUUGUCGCCCCCGUCUCACCUCAACAUGGCGGACCACCAGCCCUUCCACACGCCACCUGAUAGCAGGCACUCGGAGCAGACGACGUGCUACGCGCCCUCGAGCACCGCGGGGACCGGCACCACCGACUACAAGGCGCAGGCCUCGGAUGCGUUCCACUCUGCCGGCGCGCGGCAGCCCUUUACCAUCCAGCCGUUCCGCGACGAGAUCAACCGCGUGAUCGCGACGUACAUCAUGUACAGCAGCCCGCGGCAGCUCAACCUCUCGUCGUGGGAGCAAAAGGCGACCGUGCAGGCCCUGUCGCAGACGACGCACCCGACCGCGCUGCGCGGCCUGGUCAAGAGCGUGGAGAGCAGCCUCCGCGGCCAGUCGCACCCCAACUUUGUCCGCUGGAGCAUCUGCAACGGCAACCCGGCGCGCGUCACCUUUGCCCGUGGGCUGGGCCUGUUCCUCAUCGUGGCGGGCUUCGCCAUGGCCGUCGUGCUGACGCUGAGCAGCCUCGGGCGCGGCUACCGGGCCCUCGCGGCCAUUGCAUGGGUCCUGGGCAUCAGUACCCUCAUGGCUGCAUGGAAGGGCAUGUGUGUCGUCCUGCACGGGCUGCAUCACCGACACAUUCGUCCGUGGGAGCUGUUUGAGCAGGACGACGCGUCCAUGGCGGCGGAGGAGAAGCUGUCCAAGGGGAGCUUUGAGUCGUUUGGGUCCAGCAAUAGCUACGAGGACGAGCCGUGGGUGGUCAAGUACCAGAAGAGGAAUGUGGUGAGGAAGAUCUUUGACCGGGAGAUUUGGGUCCAGGAGCCGGCGCUGCGACAGAUUCAGGAUACCAUCUUUGUGCAGGCGUUGCUGUCGGGGGCACUUGGCGGUGGCCUGUUGACUCUGGUGUUUGUUCUUGUGCCUGGGCCGAAGCUGUUUUGAUAGUCAAUUUAGUUCAUGACGUAGCUGUAUUGAGGACAUGUAAUUUCAUCUGUCAAGUCUCAUCUGAGCCGGAGCAAAGGAACGCCAAUUGACGAGAAUGAUGUCGCCGAAGGGAAAACAUCCGACCGCCAGAGGUGCCUCGGUGUAAAAAGCCCCUUAUCGAUACGGAGUCCAAUUCAGGGACUUGUCUCGUCGGCGGGAAGGAGCAAAGGGCUCGACUUUGGGAG